GGAUCCACCUGCUCCCUCGAAGUCUUGGCGGGCAACACCGAUCCCACAUGUCCUCUGGCCUAAGCAACGAAGCCGCAACUUGUCCAUAGCUCCGCACCCAACGACUCUCCUCUCUUUUGCGGCCAAUCUCUACUACACAGGGCGCGCAAUUCUUUAGCUGGUCUCUAGGCACCGAAAUUUCGCGCGCCGGCGGGCUUUAAGUAGCCACGUCUUUCUAAUUCCACCCCUCCGCUUAACACCCACCUCAGGCUCUCGCGAUGCGUCUAGACGUCAAGAGGCAGCUGUUUGCGCGGUCAGAGAGAGUCAAAGGAAUUGACUUUCAUCCGACCGAGCCAUGGAUCCUCACCACACUAUACAGCGGACACGUUCACAUAUGGUCCUAUGUCUCGCAAUCCAUCGUCAAGACAUUCGAGCUCUGCGAUGUGCCUGUCCGAGCAGGUCGUUUCAUCGCUCGAAAGAAUUGGAUAGUUGCAGGCUCGGAUGACUUCAGGCUUCGCGUCUACAACUACAACACCUCUGAGAAGGUCACCGAAUUCGAAGCACACCCCGAUUACAUUCGUGCGAUCGCUGUGCACCCUACACAGCCCUUUGUUCUCACCGCGAGCGAUGAUAUGACAAUCAAGCUGUGGGACUGGGACAAGUCAUGGAAAUGUGUACAGGUAUUCGAAGGCCACGGACACUAUGUCAUGGGUAUUGCGAUCAAUCCCAAGGAUCCCAACACUUUCGCCUCAGCUUGCUUGGACAGAACCGUCAAGAUAUGGUCUCUAGGCAGCUCUACGCCUAACUUCACGCUCGAAGCCCACGAGGCCAAGGGUGUGAACUUUAUUGACUAUUACCCGCAAUCGGACAAGCCAUACCUUCUUACCACGUCGGAUGACCGAACCGUAAAAGUUUGGGACUACACAACGAAGGCUCUCAUUGCCACUCUGGAGGGUCAUACUUCAAACGUCAGUUUCGCAGUCUACCACCCCGAACUUCCAGUGAUUAUUUCCGGAUCUGAAGAUGGUACAAUCAAGAUUUGGCAUUCGUCAACAUACCGACUAGAGCAAUCGUUGAAUUAUGGGCUAGAGCGCGCUUGGUGUGUAGCAUACCAAAAGGGCAAGAAUGGCGUGGCACUGGGUUUCGAUGAUGGUGCGGUGGUUAUUUCCAUGGGUCGAGAGGAGCCAGCGGUCAGCAUGGAUGCCGGAGGAAAACUUCUCUGGGCAAGACACAACGAAAUCCUCACAGCUGUGAUCAAAGGGAACGAAACCCUGAAGGACUCUGAACGACUUACCCUGCCGAACAAAGACCUUGGUUCAACCGAGAUAUAUCCCCAGUCGCUACUGCAUUCGCCAAACGGACGUUUCGUCGCUGUUUGCGGUGAUGGGGAAUACAUCAUCUACACUGCAUUGGCCCUCCGAAACCAAGCGUUUGGUUCAGCACUGGAUUUCGUGUGGGCUUCCAAGGAACAUGACAAGGAUUACGCUAUCCGAGAGUCGUCUACCAGUGUUAAGAUCUUCCGCAACUUCAAGGAGCGAAGCGUGCUUAAUGUGGGCUUUUCUGCCGACGGGCUGAGUGGCGGUGUGCUACUCGGCGUCAAGGGACAAGGUGGCAUCGGCUUCUUCGACUGGGAUAGUGGCGCUCUUGUACGCAGGAUAGAGGUCGAGCCAAAGAGCGUCUACUGGUCGGAGAGCGGCGAGCUGGUCACUUUGGCCACCGACGACACAUUCUACGUUCUGCGAUACUCGCGUGAGAACUACUUAGAGGCGGUGCAGAGCGGUGAGGUCGACGAGGAUGGUGCGGAGUCGGCUUUCGAGGUCGUGUGCGACAUCAAUGAGAGCGUUCGGACUGGUACAUGGGUGGGUGACUGCUUCAUCUACACCAACAGCACAAACCGGUUGAACUACCUUGUGGGUGACCAAACCUAUACCAUUUCACACUUCGAUGCGCCACACUACGUACUUGGAUACCUCCCCCGAGACUCAAGGAUAUACAUUGCCGACAAAGACGUCAACGUGGUCUCUUUUGCGCUCUCCCUCGCUGUUGUCGAAUAUCAAACUCUCGUGCUGCGUGGAGACUUGGAGGCCGCCGAGGAAGUCCUUCCCUCUGUACCAAAGGACCAGAACAACAAAAUCGCAAGGUUCCUGGAAGGUCAGGGCUACAAGGAGCUCGCACUGACAGUCGCCACAGACGCAGAACACCGCUUCGAUCUGGCUCUGUCACUAGGAGACCUUCAGCAGGCCGUUACCAUCGCUCGGGAGCAAGAUACCGAGCACAAGUGGAAGACAGUCGGAGAUGCUGCUCUGAGCGCUUGGGAUGUAACCUUGGCGCAAGAGUGCUUCGUGAAGGCGAAGGAUCUCGGUUCAUUGCUUCUGGUCUACUCCGCUACCUCGGACGCUGACGGUCUGCGCGAGCUCGCCUCCCUCGCUGAGGCAGCAACUGCCAACAACGUAGCAUUCUCGGCGCUGUGGCAGGUGGGCGAUGUGCAGGGUUGUAUCGACCUGCUCGUCAAGACCAAUCGCCUCGCCGAAGCUGUUCUCUUCGCACAGACGUACAAGCCCAGCGCCGCUGCUGGACUCGUCAAGGAGUGGAAGAACAGCCUGGAGAAGGAGGGUAAGACCAAGGUCGGUCGCUUGCUUGGGCAGCCGCCCAUCGAGGGCGAGGGCGAUGAGGAAAUGUUCCCUGAGUGGGAAGAGUACUUAAGGCUGGAGAAGGAGGGCGGCACUGUCGAGGACCUCGCAGUGGGUGAGGCGGAGGUGGAGGAGGAUGCGGAUGGUGUCGAAGAGGAGAUUGCAGAGGAGGCAGAAGACGAGGAGGAGGAAGAAGAGGAUGAGGAGUAGGGCCCCCACUUCAACCAUACACUAGCGGAUACGGCCAUGACGCCCACGGAAGGUGAUCAGGAAUGGGAAACCCAAAUGAGAGAGUUGUCAACGUUGUUCAGGAACUGGAGGGUCUACAUGGCUGAUGGUCCUGCACGUCAUGCUCCGUGAUGAUGCGAGUGGGCAGAUGAGCGAAAAUGAUUCCACUUGUUCUAGAAUAGCGAGUUAUUAUCAUGUGCUUGGUACGCAGUCGCAUGAGCUU